AUGUCGAGCAGCUCACCAUUGCCUCCACCAUCACAAAACGUGGUUGUCGACACUGCUUCUCUCCCCGCCUCUUCCACAACUUCCGUCUGGGAUCGCAUCUCGAAAUGGGUGUCGGAAAAUAAGGCCCUCGUCUAUACCAUUGCCGGUGUUGCGGUCGUCGUGACCAGCGCAGGCGUCGUCUACUACCUCUCCGAUUCCGGCCGGCCCGGUCAAUCUGCUGCCACUCCGCCCACAGAGAAGAAGAAGAGCAAGAACCAGCGUCGGAAGGAAAAGAAGAAGGCCGAAGAGGAAAAGAAGGCCAAAGCUUCAUCUGCCCAAGAUGAGCCAACAGCAAAGAAACCUGAAGAGCCCUCAGACGAGAUUCCCGAUGUUGACGAGGCGACCGUCGGACAGUUGGAUGAGGAGACACGAAAGGCAUACGCCGCGAAGCUAAAGGCCGCGGGUAACAAGGCCUACGGUUCCAAGGAUUACAACAAGGCGAUUGAGCUGUACGGAAAGGCCAUCAUCUGCAAACCGGACCCCGUCUUCUACUCGAACCGCGCCGCCUGCUACAAUGUUCUGUCAGAAUGGGGAAAGGUCGUUGAGGACACCAGCGCUGCGCUUGCAAUGGAUAGUGAGUACGUCAAGGCCUUGAACAGGCGCGCCAUUGCGUAUGAGCAUCUUGAAAAGUUCAGCGAAGCUCUCCUUGAUUUCACUGCCAGCUGCAUCGUCGACGGUUUCUCCAACGAAGUCAGCCGCGUCGCUCUGGAGCGACUGUUGAAAAAGGUCGCCGAGCGAAAGGGCCAGGCCAUUCUCGAGGCCAAGGGCAAGAAGCUACCCAGCCCGACUUUCGUGUCCAACUACCUCCAAAGCUUCCGCCCGAAGGGCCUGCCCGAGGGUCUCGAUGAGUCUAUCGAUUUCCCUGAAGACUCCGGAAAGGCCGAGCUCCGCAAGGGCUUACUGGCAAUGGGUAAGAAGACCGGUGAUGGAUAUGAGGAGGCUGCGGCGUCUUUCAUCAAGGCUCUGGAGCUCGGUGACCUGGGAGAGUUCGAGGGUCUCGCUCUGAACCUCCGCGCCACUUUCACAUACUUGCAGGGCAGCGCUCAAGAUGCUUUGAGUGAUCUUAACAAGAGCAUUGAACUGGAUCCUUCGUUGGUUCAGAGCUACAUCAAGCGUGCCAGCUUGCACCUCGAGCUGGGUAACAAGGAUGCUGCUCAGGACGACUUUGAGCUUGCCAUCACCCACAACAAGGAUGACCCUGACAUCUACUAUCACCGUGCGCAGCUCCACUUCAUCCUCGGUGAAUUCGCCGAAGCCGCCAAGGACUACCAAAAGUCGAUCGAUCUGGACCGGACGUUUAUCUACUCUCACAUCCAGCUCGGUGUCACACAGUACAAGAUGGGCUCCGUUGCUUCUGCAAUGGCUACCUUUAGGAGGUCCGUAAAGAACUUUGAAGACGUGCCUGAUGUCUACAACUACUACGGUGAACUUCUCUUGGACCAGCAGAACUUCUCCGAAGCCAUCGAAAAGUUCGACAAGGCUGUCGAGAUGGAAAAGCAGAGCAAGCCCAUGGGAAUCAAUGUUCUCCCGCUCAUCAACAAAGCCCUUGCCUUGUUCCAGUGGAAGCAUGACUUCCAAGAGGCGGAGAACCUCUGCCAGAAGGCUCUGAUCAUUGAUCCCGAGUGUGACAUUGCUGUCGGAACAAUGGCACAGCUCCUCCUGCAGCAGGGCAAGGUCUCCCAGGCGCUCAAGUACUUCGAACGUGCUGCCGAGCUAGCACGCACAGAGGCGGAGAUCGUCAAUGCCAUUUCGUACGCGGAGGCAACCCGAACCCAGCUCGAGGUGCAGGAGAAAUACCCGCAGCUUGCCGCACGCCUGCAGAGCAUGGGUGCUGGCUUUGGUGGUCCUCCCGCUCUGUAA